GGUCCCACGAGACUCGUCUGGUAGAAGCAACGAAUCGUCUCUGUUCUACCCAUCAAAUAAAACCGUGAAACCAAAGACGGGGAGGGAAAGAGAGAUCUGAAGCAGAGACGCAGAAACAGGAAACUCGUUAUUUUGGACUCAUUGUCCUCCCUCACAGUCUGCAGGAAGAACGAGAGAGAGAGAGAGAGAGAGAGGACGCUUCCCUCCAUGGACUGCGAAGGGCAUUCAUCUGGGCCUUGUGCAUAUCUGCUCUGAUUCUCUUAUCAAUUAAUGCAGUUCGAUUCUUCGCAGAGAAAACCGCCGCUCUGGUCCUCCAUGAAAAUCAUAACCGUCAAAACUCGAUAACUCAGAAGGAAGAGAACAAGUCAAUCUGAGAAGUGGGCAUCGAUCGGAUUUUUCGUUGGUGGCGGCACUAGUCCGACGGGAAGGAUGGGGGUUUCAGCCUAAACCAGAAACUGGGGAGUGGAGGAGACAUCAUUACUACGACCAUCUCCAUCCCCAACGAGAUUGACCUUGCAGCGGGAGACAGGGAGAGAUGCCUCCGUCCUCGCAGGAUAAUUUCCCCUCCACACCGGGGAAGGUGAAGAUCGACCGGACGCAUCACGGCCUCUUUCGUCAAUUCACUCGGUUGGUCACGUCUUGUUCCUCGCCUUGCAUUUUCUGGUUCCUCUUCUUCUUCGUCUUCGCAAUGCUCUUUGUCCUAACCAAGGAAGCCUUCCUCCACUUCUCCCCCACCCACAAUGGCCCCGCCAACAACCCGGUAAAUGUCCCGACGAAAAGACAGGCUCUGCUGAUCCAAUCUUCCUCUUGGGGCGGCCCUCUUUGGGAGAAGCAGGUGAGAAAAUCGUGCCACCGGAAGCGGAGCGACGGCUUGAUCGUUCUGGUUACCGGCGGCGCCGGAUUCAUCGGCACCCAUGUUUCCCUCGCCCUCAAGAAGCGGGGCGACGGCCUCGUCGGCCUCGACAACUUUAAUGACUAUUACGACCCCUCGCUCAAGCGUGCACGCGAGACCUUGCUCAACAAGCACGGCGUCUUCGUCGUCGAUGGCGACAUCAACGACGCCCACCUCCUCGCCAAGCUCUUCGAACUCGUUCCUUUCACCCAUGUAAUGCACCUUGCCGCGCAGGCGGGCGUUCGCUACGCGAUUGAAAACCCAUCUUCCUACGUUAGAAGCAACGUCGCUGGGCUGGUCGCGCUCUUGGAGGCCGCCAAAUCUGCGAAUCCCCAACCGGCCUUCGUCUGGGCAUCAUCCAGUUCUGUCUACGGGCUCAACGUGAAGGUCCCCUUCUCUGAAUCUGAUCGAACCGAUCAACCUGCAAGUCUCUAUGCAGCGACGAAGAAGGCUGGCGAGGAAAUCACUCAUGUUUAUAACCAUAUCUACGGUUUAUCCAUCACCGGCCUUCGGUUCUUCACUGUAUACGGCCCCUGGGGCAGGCCAGACAUGGCCUACUUCUUCUUCACCCGCAACAUUCUGCAGGGGAAGGAAGUUGUGGUCUAUCAGAGGAAGGAUCGCCAGCAACUCUCCCGGGAUUUCACCUACAUUGAUGAUGUUGUCCGAGGGUGUAUUGCGGCUCUGGACAAGGCCGGUAAGAGCACGGGCAGCGGAGGGAAAAAGAAGGGGAAGGCCAAUUACAAGAUAUACAAUCUGGGGAACACGUCGCCUCUUGGGGUGCCCACUUUGGUGAACAUACUGGAGCGCCACCUGAGAGUGAAGGCGAGGAGGAACGUGGUGGAGAUGCCUGCUAAUGGUGAUGUGCCUUUCACACAUGCCAACAUAACGCUUGCGAGUCUAGAGCUUGGCUACAGGCCUACAACUGAUCUGCAGACCGGCCUGAAGAAGUUUGUCAAUUGGUACCUCGACUACUAUGGAUAUAAGAGCAAGAGUGGCGGCAAGAAUAAACAGUAACAAAAUCGCAAGAGGAUAUGGAUUCUUGAUUGAAUUAGAAAAAUUCUUUGCUUUUCCUUUUCUUUCUUUUUCGCCUGUUUAUUGGUUCAAUUUGUCUUGCUCUCUCUCUCGAUUUAUACGCUUGGUUUAGUUCAAAUAGUUGCUGUUCUAUCUCCCUGUUUGAUUUUUGGUUCUUGUGUGCACUUCUCAGUGAUAGGAGGUUCAUCUUAUGCAGACUCUGUAUAGUUUUCCUGUAAAGCAUGAGUAUCGGGUUCUUUUUC